CUAUUUCUGUACUUCAUCCAUAGUUGACUUCGUCACCCAAAAACAGUCGAGUCAGUCAGUCAACUUCUGUAAUCACCAAUAAAGUCGCAACUCGUAAUUAUCAAUCUUUGAUCUCCGAACUCACCGAUGGCGUCCGACCACCACCACCACCACCAUCAACACCGUCCCCACCGCCUCUCCCUCCCACCCCGGACCACCAUCCAAACCACCCCAAUCACCCCAUCCCGUCACUACCCUCCUUUCACCCCCACACCCACCCCCUCCAAACACCGCCACCGUCUUCCGCCCUUCUCCGCCACCAAAACCAAACGAUUCACCCCAUCCUCUCUCUUCCUCCUCCUCUUCUCUCUCCGCUCCCUCUACUCCCUCCUCCCCUUCCUCCAAUCCUCCCCCUCAUCCUUCUCAAUCUUCCCCUUCUCUUUCCUCGUCUCUCUCCUCUCCUUCAUCCUCUCUUUCACUUUCUCUCUCUUCAAAAAUACCCUAAAUUCCAAAUCCAUCUUCACAAUCCACCACUCCAUCACCAAACACCAGCAGCGAAUAUUAUUCGCCAAAUCAAUCCUCCUCGCCAUCGUCUUCCUCAUCCGCUUCCAAGCCCUCCGCUACUGCGGCACCGCCGCCAUGAUCCUCGCCGAAACCUCCGGCCACCUCGUCGCCGGAAAGUUUCGUAACUCCGGUUCCGAUAAGGUUCGUGGAUUCUUUUUCAUGUUUACUGGAUUGUUAUUGCUGUCGAUUAGUUGGGAUCGGAUUGAAUGCUUUCCGUUUUCCUUCGUUAAUCUAGGGGAAUUCGGGUUUUCGUCGUUUCUCGUUGCGAAUCGAGAGAAAUGUGUUCGGGUUUGGGCGAUGGUGUUACCGUUUGUUUCGGGUUUUUUGAGUGCUUAUGAACAAGGAUCAAUGAAUUGGGGGGGAAUUAGGGAGUUAGGUAGGAAAGAGGUGGGAUUGAUUUCGUUGUUUUAUACCACUGUUGUGCUGUUUGUUCCUGCUGCGGUUAGUAUGUUGGUGUUUGAGGCGGAGGGGGAUAGUGUUUCGAUUGGUGGGCUUGGAUGGCCGUUGGUGAAUACGGUGGUUUUCGGGGUGCUUUUGAGUGAGAGUUAUGUGGAUGAAAAGGUGAGUAGGUUGAAGGAUUUUCGGAAGGAGUUUGUUGUAACGUUUGUGUGUACGGUUGUUCUUGAGUUGGUUUAUUACCCUGAGCUUUCGCUUUGGGGGUUGUUGAUUUGUGGGAUGUUGCUUUGGGUUGGUGUGAUGGAGUUGGAUCCUGUUCGGGUGGAUUCGUUGGAGUUAGGGUUGGAGGUUCCUGAUACGUUCUUGGUGUCGGUUAUGAAGUCUGUUCGGCAUGUUUUGAGUGAGAGGAAGUCGAGGAAGAUUGCGCUUUUUUUGUUGAUUAAUACUGCUUAUAUGGUGGUGGAAUUUGUUGCCGGGUUUAUGAAUAAUAGUCUUGGGUUGAUAUCGGAUGCGUGCCACAUGUUGUUUGAUUGUGCUGCGCUUGCGAUUGGGCUUUAUGCUUCGUAUAUUGCACGGUUGCCAGCUAACAGUCGGUAUAAUUAUGGUCGUGGAAGGUUUGAGGUUUUGUCGGGUUAUGUGAAUGCUGUGUUUCUUGUUUUGGUUGGAGCGUUGAUUGUGUUGGAGUCGUUGGAGAGGAUCUUGGAACCUCAGGAGAUUUCGACUUCUAGUUUAUUGAUGGUUUCAAUUGGUGGGCUUGCUGUUAAUAUGGUGGGGUUAAUCUUUUUUCAUGAUGAACAUCAUCACGCCCAUGGUGGCGCUGCAUCGUGUUCGCAUUCCCAUUCACAUAACCAUGCUGGACAUGAUCACAAAAUUGACACCAAACAUCAUGAUCAUCAUGACCAUCAUCAUGUUCACCAUGACCAUGAACAUCACCAUGAUUGUGAACAUGAUCAUAAUCACGGUCAUGUGCACAAUGACCAUGAACAUGAUCAUAAUCAUGAUCAUGAACACCAUCAUAAUCAUGAUCAUGAUCACGCUCACCAUGACCAUGACCAUGACCAUGAUCAUGAACAAAAGCAUCAUCACCAUCAUAUCGAUCACAACAUGGAAGGCAUAUUCUUGCAUGUAUUAGCCGACACUUUGGGAAGUGUAGGAGUUGUUAUCUCAACACUUCUCAUCCAGUACAAGGGGUGGCUCAUUGCGGACCCCGCAUGCUCUUUAUUCAUAUCGAUAUUAAUCGUGUCUUCCGUUAUACCAUUGUUGAAAAACUCCGCAGAAAUCUUAUUGCAAAGAGUUCCCAGAGAUCAGGAGCACGAGCUAAAAGCAGCAGUAAGUAGUAUUAUGAAGAUAAAGGGUAUAUGUGGCAUCCAAAACUUUCACAUAUGGAGUCUUACAAACAAUGAUGUCGUUGGUACUCUUCAUCUGUAUAUUUCUACGGAAACAGACAAGGUUUCUACAAAGAAACAAGUUUCAGAUAUUUUACAUGAUGCAGGCAUAAAAGAUUUGACAUUACAGGUGGAAUAUGUUAAAUAGUCGAAUGAAAUUGUCUGCCCACUUCAAGAAGGGAUUCAAAAUUUGAACUUUUAUAACGAGCAUGUCAACAAUGGCGGUUUUGAGCGAGCGUCGAGUUGUGUGAUCAAGAUUUGUUAGUGAAAUUAUGUUCAGGUGUGUAUCUGAUCGUUUAUUCUUGGAACGAAUCUUGGAAACAAAGAUGGCAACUUUCCUGUUGGGUUUGUUAGGAAAUGAGUAGAGAGAGCUGGGUUUGUAUGGUUUAACCGGACAUUGACUUUUUAACUGUAAGAUGAGGUUUCGGCGGCAGUAAUGGUGUCUGGAAGCCGAAACAGGUAUACUGAUAUAGAGCAGCCUGCCGUGUUUUGCUGAUAUGUGAUUUUAAACGGCUGAACCUGUAAACUAACUUAUUUUGAUUUUGGCAAAACUAGAUGUGAACAAUCAUUUUGAUACACAUAUAUAUUGUACCUGACUACAGAAUGCGUAUGAUAUUACGAGUUAUGAUCAAAUA